AGAAGAAGCGCGGCGAUUUUGCAGAGCUGAGUCUUCUGACUCGAAUGUAAAAAAUAGGACACAUUUUUUCCCCACAGAAUUAUUAAAAAAAACCCACAAUUUGAUCUCGUCAAGUUAAAAAAAAAGAUUGUUCUUGUAUCUGAGAUGGUUAACUACGCUCGGCUUUAAAGCCUGUUUAAGACCAACACGUUGAACAGAGGGCUGGGGGCAAUUUUGUCCCAGGUGGUGGAGGUGGAGGAGCGCCCGGUGCUGUACAUGAGCCGCAAGUUCUUGAUGCGAGAGUUUAAGUACAGCACCAUCAAAAGGAUUGUUUGGCCAUCAAGUGGGCGGUCCUCACUCUCCGGUACUACCUGCUAGGGUGCCCUUUCACCCUCUGUUCUGACCAUGCCCCGCUUCAGUGGCUCCACCGCAUGAAGGAUGCCAACAUGUGGCUUACUCGUUGGUAUCUGGCCCUUCAUUCCUUUAAAUUUGAGGUCACAGAUGGUGUUGACGGACAAUGGGAGAGGUGUGUGUGUUGUGGUGGUGGUGGGGGGGCAGCUGCAGGCCAGAUGGCUCCCUGGCUAGAGUUGGGCGGUGGGGGUAUGUGGCAGAAGGGGUGUCGUCAAGCGUCAGCUGUGAAUGGCAAGGAGUCAGGUUGAACCAGCAGGAAUAAAUGCUUAAUUGCAAGUCGUCUUAUGUUUGUAAUUCUGCAAACAUGCCAGGAGAACCCACUAUGAUGAAAUCCAAAGAGAUUGAGCAUGAGAAUUCGGUACCUACAAGAAGCUCCAGUGGUCAGCUAACUUCAUCUGGUAUUCCCUACACUUGCAAACAAAGACAAAAAACAAUUUACCACUGCUCAGAGUGUGAGAAAAGUUUUAAAUACAGAAGUGCUCUCCAAAUACAUCAGCGCAUUCACACAGGAGAGAAGCCGUAUCGCUGUUCAGACUGCGGGAAGAGUUUUACUGAACGUGGAAAUCUUGUAAAACACCAGCGCAUCCACACAGGAGAAAAGCCCUAUUACUGCACAGAGUGUGGAAUGAGUUUUACACAAGAGGGUAAUCUCCAAAGACAUCGGCGUGUUCAUUCAGGAGAAAAGCCGUAUCUCUGCUCACAGUGUGGAAAAAGCUUUAGGGAAGGAGGAACUCUUAGAAAACAUCAGCGCAUUCACACAGGAGAGAAGCCGUAUCACUGCUCACAGUGCGGAACAAGCUUUAAGGAAAGAGGAACUCUCACCACACACCAGCGUAUUCACACAGGAGAGAAGCCGUAUCACUGCUCAGACUGUGUGAAAAGCUUUAAAAGGAGAAGCACUCUCCAAAGCCAUCAGCGCAUUCACACAGGAGAGAAGCCUUAUUACUGCUCAGACUGUGGAAAAAGCUUUAGGGCUGGAGACACUCUCAAAAGGCACCAGCACAUUCACACAAGAGAGAAGCCUUAUUACUGUUCAGACUGUGGGGAGAGUUUUACUAAACGUGAAAAUCUUGUAAAACACCAGUGCAUUCACACAGGAGAGAAACCCUAUUACUGCUCAAAGUCCUGAAUGAGUUUUAUGCGAAAGGAUUGUCUCCAAAAACAACAGCGUGUUCAUUCAGGAGAAAAGUCAUAUCGCUGCUCAGAGUGUGGAAAAAGCGUUAGAGAUGGUGAAAUGUUCGAAACACACCAGCGCAUUCACACAGGAGUGAAGCCGUAUCACUGUUCAGACUGUGGGAAGCGUUUUACUGAUCGUGGAACCUUUGCAAAACAUCAAGGCAGAUCACUGCUCACAUUGUGGACUGAGCUUCACUUCUUCAAAUGCAUUUAAGAAAUACAAAUGCAUUACAGUGGAGCUGUCAGUAUGUAAGACAUGAAUCUGUCAAGUCAAGAAAUAUAAUUGCUAUUAGGGGUGUAACAGUACACUGUGGUUUCAACUGAUGAUACUGGCUUUAUGAUGUGAUUCAAAUUGGUUCUCGGUAUAUGUUGAAGAAAAUUUGAAGGAAGAAAAAUGAUUACUGAAAAGACUACUUUUUAUUUUUUUAUCAUAAGCAAUGCAAAAGCAUUUUUGUCUGUAGAACACCAAAACAAAACACUAUGAACAGAGGUUUAAUAUUUACAUAUUACAGUUUCAUCCUAUCUUAAAAAUAAAUAAAUACAUUUAUAAAUUCUCCCAAAAUUUUUGACUGAAUAAACAAAGUCUCUGACUCGGGGAACAUGAGCUUCUGAAACAAUGAGCUCCAUAGCAGGACCUGAGGUGUUGUUUUAACUGGAAAUAGAGCUCCAAAGUCGGCUAAGAUGCCUUCAUGUCACAAACUGGUUUGUGAACGAGCCCUUUCAUGUCGCUCCUGAUCUUGACUUGAUGUUUUGAAAAAGACUGAAUGUUUUGAUUGGGUAAGCACCAGUACUUCAUCGUGAAUGACGUUCUCUGGUACACAACAAAGUCCGAUCUACUCAUCUAUGCCUUUUGCGGUAAUUUGUAAUCAAAUAUUAGAAUUAACCAACCUUGUUUAAAGCAGUUUUUUUUUUUUGGUUAAAUGUGAUCUGUGAACCACUUGAGCUGAAAUAUGUUGUAUUAAACUGGUGGAAAUUUUUGUCCAAAUAAUGAUUGAUGGCUGUCUUCUGAUACCUUUUGGAUUGCUGUAAACUAAAGUUAAAUGUUGUUUUGCUGAGUAAAAAAUUUUGACCACACAGAUGAAUAGCUGUUAGGUUUAAAAAAAUAAUAAAAUAAAAUAAAAAAUUGAAAAGUGGCUUGACCUCCACCAUACUAAUGACACCAAGGAGCUUGAGUAAUUCCGUUAUUAAUAAUAUUAUGGGUUUGAUAAAAGGGAAAUGUGGUAAUGAAUAAUUUACUUUUCUGUGGAAGUCUACAAUUUCCACAGAAUGUGUCUAGUAACUUUCAAUCGGAGAUCUUUUUGUGGAUCAUUAACCUCCGUGGGCCCGAAAAGAAAACCAACCAGUUUUGUGUGCUUACUUUUCUGGAGGACAUGUAAGAGAACGCAUGGAAUAUGUUAUGUUGUUUUGUCCCCCCUCACUCUGAUGAUUGUUAGAUUUGUUUAGAUGUUUUCAGGGCAGAUCCUCUUGGUCAGUGUCCCCUCUGGUUUACAGUGGCAUGCCAAAGUUUGGGCACCCUUGCUGAAAAUGUCUGUGAAUAGUUAAGUGAGCAGAAGAUGAACUGAUCACCAAAAGGCAUAAAGGUAAAGAUGACACAUUUCAACGUUUUAUGCAAGAGUUGUGUAUUGGAGAUGUUUGGGUGAGAUGGCUGUGAAGUUCCUAACGAGAUUGUUUAAUAAGAUCCUAGAGAAUGAGAAAAUGCCAAAUGAAUGGAGAAAGUGUGUGCUAGUCCCAAUAUACAAGAAUAAGGGAGAUGUACAGAGCUGCAGUAAGUACAGAGGAAUAAAAUUGAUGAGCCACACCAUGAAGCUAUGGGAAAGGGUAUAGGAGGCGAGAUUGAGAAGAGAGGUAGCAAUCUGUGAACAGUAGUACGGGUUUAUGCCAAGGAAGAGCACGUUGGAUGCAAUUUUUGCUUUAAGAAUGUUAAUGGAGAAGUACAGAGAAAGCUACAUUGUGUGUUUGUAGACCUGGAGAAGGCAUUUGAUAGAGUGCCGAGAGAUGAGUUAUGGUAUUGUGUGAGAAAGAGUGGAGUGAAUGAGGAGUAUAUUAGAGUGGUGCAAGACAUGUAUGAGAACGGUGAAACAGCAGUGAGGUGUGCAGUUGGAACGACUGAAUGGUUCAAGGUGAAGGUGGGACUCCAUCAAGGAUCUGCUUUGAGUCCUUUCUUGUUUGCCAUAGUGAUGGAUAGCUUGACAGACAAAGUGAGGCAAGAGUCACCAUGGAACAUGAUGUUUGCGGAUGAUAUUGUGAUAUGUGGUGAAAGUAGAAAGGAGGUUGAGUUGGGUUUGAUGAGAUGGAGGUAUGCAUUGGAACGAAGAGGAAUGAAGGUGAGCAGUAGCAAAACAAUACAUGUGCAUCAAUGAGAAUGGGGAUGAGUGUAGUGAAGAUGCAAGAAGUAGACAUUAAGAAAGUUGGUGAAUUCAAGUACCUGGGGUUAACUGUGCAGGAAAAUGGGGGCUGUGAUAGUGAGGUGAGAAAGAGAGUGCAGGCAGGGUGGAGCAGUUGGAGAAGGAUUUCGGGAGUCAUUUGUGAUGGGAAAGUCCCAGCAAAAGUGAAGGGUAAGAUGUAUAAGACAGUAGUGAGACCAGCCGUGAUGUAUGGAUUGGAGACCGUACCCUUAACGAAGAGACAGGAGUCAAAGUUGGAGGUGAUGGAGUUGAGGAUGUUAAGGUUUGCGAUGGGAGUGACGAGGUUGGACAAGAUAAGGAACGAGCACAUCAGAGGGACAGCACAUGUGGAGAGUUUGGGAAUUAAGCCAAGAGAGAUGAGACUGAGAUGGUAUGGGCACAUCCUGAGAAGUGAUGCAGAGCAUGUGGGAAGGAGAAUGUUGAGGAUGGAGCUGCCAGGCAAACGAAAACGAGGAAGGCCAAAGAGGAGAUACAUGGAUGUGGUGAGAGAGGACAUGAAAGUGGCAGGUGUGGUAGAGAAGGAUGCUGAAGACGGAGCAAUGGAGACGAAAGAUCCGCUGUGGUGACCCCUAAUCAGGAGCAGCCAAAAGAAGAUGAUGCAAGAUUUGUGUAUUAUUUUUGUUUUGUACAAUUGGAGAGUGAAAAAAGAAAAGGAACACCAUGUGAAAGUUUGGGCACCCCAAUACAUUUGAGUUCUCAGGUAACUUUUACCAAGGUUCCAGACCUUGAUUACCUUAUUGAGCUGUGGCUUGUUCAAAUUCUUCCUUAGGAAAGGUCAGAUGAUGCAGAUUUCAAAGCUGUAUAAAUUCUCUGACUCCUCAACUUUGUCCCUAAAAUCAACAGCUAUGGGCUCCUCUAAGCAACUCCCUCGCAUUCUGAAUAAUAAAAUAAUUGAUGCUCACAAAGCAGGAGAAGGCUACAAGAACAUAGCAAAGUGUUUUCAGGUAGCUGUUUCCUCAGACCAUAAUGUUAUUAAGAAAUGGCAGUUAACAGAAACAGUGGAGAUCAAGGUGAGGUCUGGAAGAUGAAGAAAAUUUUCUGAAAGAACUGCUCAUUGGAUUGCUAGAAAGGCAAAUAAAAACCCCUGUUUGACUGCAAAAGACCUUCAGAAAGAUUUAGCAGACCCUGGGGUGGUGGUGCACUGUUCUACUGUGCAGCGACACAUGAACAAAUAUGACCUUCAUGAGAGAGUCAUCAGAAGAAAACCUUUCCUGUGUCCGAGCCACAAAAUUCAGUGUCUGAAGUUUGCAGAUAAACAUCUAAGCAAGCCUGAUGCAUUUUGGAAACAAGUCCUGUGGACUGAUGAAAUCAAAAUAGAACUUUUUGGCCACAAUGUGCAAAGGUAUGUUUGGAGAAAAAAGGGUGCCAAAUUCCAGGAAAAGAACACCUCUCCAACUCUGAAGCAUGGGUAUGGAUCGAUCAUGCUUUGGGGUUGUGUUGCAGCCAGUGGCACAGGGCACAUUUCAUUGGUCGAGGGAAGCAUGGAUUCGAAUAAAUACCAGCAAAUUCUGGAAGCAAACAUCACACCAUCUGUAAAAAAGUUGAAGUUAAAAAGAGGAUGGGUCCGACAAUAAGACGAUGAUCCAAAACACACCUCAAAAUCUACAAUGGAAUACCUCAAGAGGCACAAGUUGAAGGUUUUGCCCUGGCCCUCACAGUCCCUGACCUAAACAUCAUUGAAAAUCUGUGGAUAGAUCUCAGAAGAGCAGUGCAGGCAAGACAGCCCAAGAAACUUGUAGAACUGGAAGCCUUUUGCAAGGACGAAUGUGUGAAAAUCUCCCAGGUAAGAACUGAAAGAUUAUUAGCUGGCUACAAAAAGUGUUUACAAGCUGUGAUACUUGCCAAAGGGGGUGUUACUAAGUACUGACCAUGCCAGGUGCCCAAACUUUUUUGCUUCAGGUCCUUUUCAUUUUUUGGUAUUUUACGCCUGUAAAUGAUGGAAAUAAAAAUGUAAUCUUGUGGAAAAUAUUAAAGAAAUGUCUUGUCUUCAACUUUUUGCCUUUUGGUGAUCAGUUCAUGUUCUGAUCACUUAACUAUUCACAGUAAUAGACAUUUUCAGCAAGGGUGCUCACACUUUUGCAUGCCACUGUACAUGAAUGCUUAGGAAUGAUUUUCAAAAUAUGAAAUAAAAGUCAAAACAAUGCAAAAGUUGUCCAUGUGUGAGUAUGAUAAAAUGGUUCGAGUACAAAUGAUGCAUAAAUAUAAAAUGUAGAUUACAUUAAAGGAAAAAAGGAAAUAACUUUUUUUUUUGCCCAUUCAUUUUCGGUAACUGCUUGACCUGCAGACACGGUCAGGUUAGCAAUAUGAGGAAUGAACAAUUGGUGAUACAGAAAAUGAAAUAAUUAUUAUAAUCUCACUGAUGUAUUUCAGGUGAUGCUGUAUAAUAAGCCAUUUGUUCUGAAAGACCCUGCUAGAUGAUGAAGACACUUAG